GUCUGUGCGCGUUGACAGACCGAUGAGACUGUUUUAAACAGACUGUCGCUUCGUUUUCAGCGUCUUUAUACAUCGCCUGUGGUAAUUAGCUACUGAAGCGGACUAUUCUGUCUCAAGGAAUGCUAGAUUAAGUGCUGUUGCAAAUGCACUUCUGGUGAACUUCUCUUUCUCGGCCAAUCUGUCUUCUCGGUCGGUAACCAUGGCUGAAAAACGACGGUCCCCGUGUACUAUGAGCCUCAAAGCGCACGCAUUCUCGGUAGAAGCGCUUAUUGGCACGGAAAAAAAGAGAAAAUUGGAGGAGGAGGACAGCGAAAACUGCUUUGAGGAGAUAAACGAAGUGCCAAGAAUGACAGAAAGUCCGCAACCCAGCACUGGGAGAACUUGUCCCAGCACCAGGAGUUGCGAGAUAGAUUGCACCAGCGACGAAUCCCCGGAGCCUGAGGACGUGUUGUUGGACAGCCCACAACCUGCAUCCCAGGGUGCGCAAGUCCUCGUGCAAUCAGCCACGAGCUCCGGGGAGGAGAUGCGCGUGGACCUGCAGGGCUCAGACUUGUGGAAGCGAUUUCACGAGAUUGGAACUGAAAUGAUCAUCACCAAAGCCGGCAGGCGAAUGUUUCCCGCGAUGAGGGUUAAGAUUGCGGGACUGGACCCUCAUCAGCAGUAUUAUAUCGCUAUGGAUAUUGUUCCUGUCGACAACAAACGCUACAGGUACGUGUACCACAGCUCAAAGUGGAUGGUGGCGGGUAACGCCGACUCUCCUGUCCCUCCGCGGGUUUACAUUCAUCCAGACUCGCCUGCUUCCGGUGAAACGUGGAUGCGCCAAGUUAUAAGUUUCGACAAGCUCAAACUAACCAAUAAUGAGCUGGACGACCAAGGCCAUAUCAUUCUGCACUCCAUGCACAAGUACCAGCCCCGUGUCCACGUCAUCCGUAAGGAGUGCGGAGAAGAGCUCUCGCCUGUUAAGGCGGUUCCUACCGGGGAUGGUGUCAAAGCAUUUUCCUUCACUGAAACUGUCUUCACGACGGUGACUGCAUACCAAAACCAACAGAUAACAAGGCUGAAGAUCGACAGGAAUCCAUUUGCAAAGGGAUUUAGAGACUCGGGACGAAACAGAAUGGGAUUAGAGGCACUGGUUGAGUCGUAUGCGUUCUGGCGGCCCUCGCUGAGAACUUUGACAUUUGAGGACAUCCCUGGGAUUACUAAACAAGGUGCAGCCGGCUCUCACGGUGUUGUUGGGUCUUCAGCACAUCUACUAUCCUCAUCCUCAUGCCCAUCCCCUACAUUCCACCUUGGUUCUGGGGCAGGACCCGUGUGCGAUUACUCCACCUGCAGCCGAACGAGCCACCCCCUCCACCGCUACGGCCCUUCGCUCUCCGCAGACUCCUACAGCCGACUGACCAGCCCCACAGCCGAUGCCUUCUCCACUUCUCGCAGCUCCACGUAUGUGAGCGGGACAGAGAGCGAAGCCUUCUCCUGCACACAGACUGGCCUGCCAAUCCAGAUCCACAGCAUGCCAAGCACAACCUCCCAGCUGCAAUACCUAAUGCCCGGCCACGCCCAUAAUGCAUUUUCCACCAAUCAGAGCACACAGGGAUCAUACAAUGGCUUUCGGCUACACAAUCCGUAUGGUCUAUACGGUUACAACUUCUCCACUUCUCCACGUCUCGCAACCAGCCCUGAAAAGGCGGCCGCCACGCAGACUUCAUUCCUUGGCUCUUCCCCUAGUGGGACACUGACAGACAGGCAGGUUUUAUCCACUAUGGAUGGUCUCCACAUGCUCAGUAGUAGUCAACAAAAUCUGUUCGACUCGCGGACUUUGGGGCUCACGAGUUCCUCUUCCCAGGUGACAGCCCACAUGGCUUGACUCCCCCUCAAAAAAACUUUGAUGGACUUCAAACUCAGCUUUUCUUUGAGUAUAAACUUGUUUUUGGGACUUGCUAAUAGCAUAAUUUAUAAUCCGAUGGAGAUAAAACCGCGAUAAAAAGCAAAGAAGACAUACCACAGUGUAAAGAACUCUGCAAUAUCAUUUAUGUUUCUGUGUAAGUGACAGCUGAAAAUCACAUUGAUGUUUUUUAAUAGACUGUAUAUCUUAAAAAUCAUUCUGAUGAAGCAGUACUCACCAUUAUUGGACAUCAGGGUAUGGAAAUGCCUGGAGAAUCACAUGGGAAAGCAUGAAAGAACACCAGCCAUCGGAUCUCAUCAAGGUUCAAUGAGACCCCACGACUGCUGGUGGGAGUGUGAGGACUUUAACAGAUGACUUUUUGUGAGGCUGGAUUCAGCGUCUUAUGGACAAUAAAAAAUAAGUUUGGCACUUAA